GACUUGAGUUUCUGUGACGUAGUGAGACGAACCGGAAGUAUCCCUCCGACACCCUACACGCUUUGAGUUGUCUGCAAGCUAAGUGUUAGCUACAGUUAGCAUUACUUGUUUUAAUACCUCAAACGGCUAUUCUCCCCAGGAAAGAAAUGCCCUCAGUAAACGGAAAACCCGAUGUUAUCUUUGAGGACGAUGAUCUGCCAUAUGAAGAGGAGAUCAUCAGAAACCCGUACUCGGUCAAGUGCUGGAUGCGGUACAUCGAAUUCAAACAGAAUGGAGCCAAAUCCACCCUCAACAUGAUCUAUGAGCGGGCUCUGAAGGAGCUGCCCGGCAGCUACAAGCUGUGGUACAAUUAUCUGAGAGAGAGACGGAAACAAGUCAAGGGGAAAUCUGUCACUGAACCAGGCUAUGAAGAGGUCAAUAAUUGCCAUGAAAGGGCAUUGGUGUUCAUGCAUAAGAUGCCCAGAAUAUGGCUUGAUUACUGCCAGUUCCUUGUAGCUCAAUGCAAGAUCACAAGAAGUCGGCAAACAUUUGACCGUGCACUCAGAGCUCUUCCUGUGACUCAGCACCCGCGUAUCUGGCCUCUGUAUCUCCGCUUUGCCCGUAACCUUCCCCUGCCUGAGACAGCAAUCCGAGUGUACCGCAGGUACCUUAAGCUUUCUCCAGAAAAUGCAGAGGAAUACAUAGACUACUUACGGUCUGUUGGUCGCUUGGAUGAAGCAGCUGUGCGACUAGCAGCUGUUGUCAAUGAUGAAAGCUUUGUGUCCAAAGAGGGCAAAUCUAACUAUCAACUGUGGCAUGAGCUGUGCGACCUGAUCUCCCAGAACCCCGAUAAAGUGACUUCACUCAAUGUAGGGGCCAUCAUCCGAGGAGGCCUCACUCGCUUCACAGACCAACUUGGAAAACUCUGGUGCUCUUUAGCCGACUAUUACAUUAGAAGUGGUCACUUUGAGAAGGCCCGUGAUGUGUACGAGGAAGCCAUCCUUACAGUGGUAACAGUAAGGGAUUUCACACAAGUGUUUGAUAGUUAUGCCCAGUUUGAGGAGAGCAUGAUCGCAGCAAAAAUGGAGACCACAGCUGAGAUGGGGAAGAGUGAAGAUGAGGACAUAGACAUGGAGCUUAGACUGGCCCGCUUUGAGCAGCUGAUAGCCCGGCGGCCCCUCCUGUUGAACAGUGUUCUACUACGGCAGAACCCUCAUAAUGUUCAUGAGUGGCACAAGCGGGUAAAAUUGUAUGAGGGCAAUCCACGGCAGAUUAUCAACACAUACACUGAGGCCGUGCAGACGAUAGAUCCAUUGAAGGCCACGGGGAAGCCUCACUCACUCUGGGUUUCCUUCGCAAAAUACUAUGAGGAAAAUGAGCAGCUAGAUGAUGCCAGGACCAUUUUUGAGAAGGCUACCAAGGUACACUACAAGCAGGUGGAUGACCUUGCUGCAGUGUGGUGCGAAUAUGGAGAGAUGGAGCUACGCCAUGAGAACUAUGAACAGGCACUGCGCAUACUGAGGAAAGCUACAGCAAUCCCAUCCAAGAAGGCGGAGUACUUUGAUGCAUCUGAGGCUGUACAAAACCGAGUUUACAAGUCGUUGAAGGUCUGGUCCAUGCUAGCGGACUUGGAGGAGAGUCUCGGCACUUUUCAGUCUACCAAAGCAGUUUAUGAUCGCAUCAUUGACCUCCGCAUCGCCACGCCUCAGAUCAUCAUCAAUUAUGCCAUGUUCCUCGAAGAGCACAACUACUUUGAGGAAAGCUUCAAAGCAUAUGAGCGUGGUAUUGCUCUCUUCAGAUGGCCAAAUGUUUAUGACAUCUGGAACACUUACCUCACCAAGUUCAUUGAUCGUUAUGGGGGCAAGAAGCUGGAGAGAGCUAGAGAUUUAUUUGAACAAGCCCUGGAUGGCUGUCCUGCCAAGUUUGCCAAGACCAUUUACCUGUUGUAUGCCAAAUUGGAGGAGGGAUAUGGAUUGGCACGACACGCCAUGGCUGUCUAUGAAAGAGCAACGGAGGCAGUAGAAACUGGGGAGAGACAUCACAUGUUCAAUAUCUACAUCAAGAGAGCCGCUGAAAUUUAUGGAGUCACUUAUACAAGAGCCAUUUACCAGAAAGCUAUUGAGGUCCUUCCUGAUGAGCAUGCAAGGGACAUGUGUCAGCGUUUUGCUGACAUGGAGAGUAAACUUGGUGAGAUUGAUCGGGCCAGAGCAAUCUACUCCUACUGCUCGCAGAUCUGCGACCCACGGGUGACUGCUAAUUUCUGGCAGGCCUGGAAAGAAUUUGAGAUCCGCCAUGGAAAUGAGGACACGAUUAGAGAAAUGCUGAGGAUCAAACGUAGUGUCCAAGCCACAUACAACACCCAGGUCAACUUUAUGACCUCUCAGAUGAUGAAGGCCACAACAAGCUCCACAGGCACUGUGUCGGAUCUAGCUCCGGGCCAAUUGGGACUUGAUGACAUGAAGAUGCUGGAGCAGAAAGCACAGCUGCUUGCAGCAGAGGCCGAGCAGGACAAGCCCAAGCCCAAAGAGAAGAUUCUCUUCGUCAGGAGUGACACCUCUCGCAGCGAGUUGGCUGAGCUUGCUAAACAAUCCAAUCCUGAUGAGAUUGAUAUUGAUGAUGACGAGGAUGAAGAUGAUGAAAAUCAGGGACCAGAGGAGGUGCAGCUUGAACAGAAGAGUGUCCCCACGGCCGUCUUUGGAGGGCUUAAAGAGGAUUAAAGAUAUUUCCGACGCUGAAUUUUGCAAAGAUGCAAUCUUCUGAUGUUUCUUGUAAACAUUGAAUAUGCGCCAUUGUUUUCAAAUCUGUGUAAUUGCUUCGUUGUAUCAAUUUUAUUUUUUAUAGAAUGGCACCAUUUGUAGUACAGUACAAAAAUAGAUGAACUUGUAUUACUUUUGGCCAUAUGAUGUCAGUAUUUCUCAAGUAUGAAGCUCAAGAUAAUUGUGCAAAUGAGCAGUCUUCUGUUUUGAAAUACUAAUAUGUGGCUACAUGAUAAUUGUAACUGAUGUAUGGGAAAGUUUUUGUUUCCGAAAAUCUGUUUGUAAAAGAAUUAGCAGCGAAAACCCUUUUUGUACGCCUAAUAAAUUCAGAGAUCUUUUUCUGAUGGGAAGCUCUGCCCUAGAAAACAAAGGGGAGGAGCGUUGUUUUUUUAGUUUUUUUAACAGGAGGCAUUCAUUUGAAAGUGGAGCUGAGCAUUCAAGCCUCACAUUGUUGGCUUGAGGAUCACUAGUAAGUGGGUGUCUUGCAAAACCCAAUGAUCCUGAAAAGAUUUCAUAAUUUGCAUCCAAAAUUUCACUAUCCAACUAUUAAAAUCAUGCUCUGGUUGUACAUGUGUCGUACAAGUACAGUCAAGGAUCAGCUUGUAUGACAAUUGAAUAAUAGGAGCAGGGUAAAACAUUUAAAAUGUUUUUUUUAGCCUUGCUGUCACUUCCUCAUGCCCCCUUUUUGUAAUAGGUGCAGGUGUUUACUUACUCCUUCUAGAAGCAGUAGGUAUUAAUGCGGUAAUGUCUUUCAGUUAGUGUUGUUGAGGGUCUGCUCGUGACCCAAUGCAGUCUGACAGACUUUAUUUACAUGUCUUGAAAUUGCUGUUGUAAUAAAAAUUGCUGUAUAUCUUUGCAAAGCAGCGACUUUCACCUGACAGGAAAUUGUGCACCAGAGUAAUUUGGUUUUCUUUCAGAAGAUGCAUUUAAUUUAAAGAAGAGCAUUAAAGUCUCACAUUUGCUGUUUAGUAGAUUCCUUGUAAAACUCUUCUUUUUUUUCACUAAACACAUUCAGAUUGAUGUGCUCCAAUAAUAGAUGUGCAACGUUUUAUGUUAAAUGAUGUAAACGUCCUUUUGCUUUUAAUUUUUUUAUUGUUGCCAUCCCACCAUAAGAGUUCAGUGAAGUAAGGAAUACAUUGUUUCUUUCAUAAUUAGAUUGAAAUAGCUGAGAGGUAAUCCUCUUACAAAGUCACUGCAGUAGGGCACUGAGUGCUCCUAGGACAUCAUGUGAUGAGGCUCUCCUGAGUUUUCUGAUUUUCAAUGGGAUGGUGCUUCUGGAAACAACACUU